AUGGCGGUUGCAGUGGCUAAGGACGAGAUGGACUACACGAUUAAGCCAGAGGCUAGUGCCUCCAACAUCGAUACCUCGGAGUGGCCGCUUCUACUGAAGAAUUAUGACAAGCUUCUUGUCAGAACCGGUCACUUCACCCCAAUUCCUGCAGGCUGCUCUCCUCUCAAGCGUGACCUAAAGUCGUACAUCAAUUCCGGUGUUAUUAACCUCGACAAGCCUUCCAACCCUUCUAGUCAUGAGGUUGUUGCUUGGAUGAAGCGGAUCUUAAGAGCGGAGAAAACUGGCCACAGCGGAACUCUCGAUCCUAAGGUCACCGGUUGCUUGAUCGUCUGUAUUGACCGUGCCACUCGCUUGGUCAAGUCCCAGCAAGGUGCAGGAAAGGAAUAUGUCUGUGUAAUUCGUCUUCACGAUAAAAUCCCUGGCGGCGAGGCCCAGUUCAAGAGGGCACUCGAGACGUUGACUGGCGCACUUUUCCAGCGCCCACCUUUGAUUUCUGCUGUCAAGCGUCAACUCCGCAUUCGAACAAUCCAUGAGAGCAAGCUUUAUGAGUUCGAUAACGAUAGACACCUUGGUGUCUUCUGGGUCAGCUGUGAGGCUGGAACAUACAUCCGGACCCUUUGUGUCCACCUCGGUCUCCUUCUUGGAGUCGGAGCACACAUGCAGGAGCUACGACGUGUGCGCAGUGGUGCCAUGGAUGAGAACAGCGGUAUGGUGACUUUGCACGAUGUCCUAGACGCGCAGUGGAUGUAUGACAAUCAGCGCGAUGAGUCUUAUCUGCGCAGGGUUAUCAGGCCUCUUGAGACUCUCCUUACGACAUACAAGCGUAUCGUUGUCAAAGACAGUGCCGUCAAUGCUGUCUGCUAUGGCGCCAAGCUCAUGGUUCCUGGCCUCCUCCGCUUUGGUAAGUGGAGCCUAACGCAAUCACGAGCCGGUAUAGAUGUCAACGAGGAGGUGGUACUCAUGACUACCAAGGGUGAGGCCAUCGCUAUUGGUAUUGCUCAAAUGUCUACUGUUGAGUUGUCUACCUGCGAUCACGGUGUCGUGGCCAAGGUCAAGCGGUGCAUCAUGGAGCGCGACCUUUACCCUCGCAGAUGGGGUCUGGGACCUGUGGCUCUGGAAAAGAAGAAGCUUAAGUCAGCUGGAAAGCUGGACAAAUAUGGUCGUGCCAACGAGGCUACCCCCGCCAAGUGGAAGAGUGACUAUAAAGACUAUAGUGCCCCCGAGGAAACCGUCAGUCAGCCUGCCACUGAGUCCGCCACAAAUGAGAAUGCGGCUUCUGCCGAAGAGCCAUCAUCUCCCCAGACGAAGAUGGAGGUUGAUGAAGACAAUGACGAAGAGAAGAAACGCAAACGGCAUGAGGGUGAGACUGCUGAGGAACGCGCUGAGCGUAAGCGCAAGAAGAAGGAGAAGAAGGAGAAGAAGGAGCGAAGAAAGUCCAAGUCGAAGGAAGAGAGUGAUGACAGUGACUAG